AUGCGCACCCCAAUCGCCCUCGGCGCCCGUCUGGCCCGCGCCUCUGCCCGGAUCCCCCAGCGCUCGUUUACGACUUCGGCGCCGUGUCUCGCCGCGCCGCCUUCGGGCCCUGCCAACGGCAACGGCAACGGCGCCGCGUUAAACCCGCGAUGGCUGUCCGAGCUGCAGGCGCGCAUCAAGCGGUGCGCGGGCCUCGGUCUGCAGGGCCAGCAGAAGGAGGAGCUGAAGGCGCUGCAGGAGGCCGUUGAUGGGCAGUGGUUGGAGCUGCUCGCCGGGCGCGAAGGCUUCCUCACGGGGCACGGGUGGAGGGGCUUGAACAGGCACACUGUGACGUGGGGAGACCAGGCACAGCGCGAACAGCAGCUCACAGUCACAGGUCACGUAAACAACGUCGUCUACAACAAGUACGCUGAGUCGGCGCGGUUCAACUGGCUCCGCAACUUCGCCACGACGGUGGACCCGGCGCACGCGGACCAGUGGAACGCGCUCAUGUACCCGCGCGACGUCGGGCUCAUCAUGAGGAGCAUCAAGACGGACUACAAGUUUCCGAUGGCCUACCCGGACCACGUCACGGUCCUGCACAAGCUCGUCUCGCAGCCGACGUAUGAGUCCGACUACAUCAUCCUCGAGGCCCUCCUCGUCUCCCACCGCCACCGCCGCCCCGCGGCGCGCUGCUUCGAGGAUAUUGUCGUGUACGACUACAAGACGGCCAAGAGGACGCCGCUGAAGCCCUUCAUGGUCGACCACCUCCGCGACACGUACGCGGCGCAGGAGAAGAGCAGGGCCGAGUGCGAGAAGAAGGUCCAAGGGCUUCUCGAGGUCGUGGAUCGGCUGGAGAAGGCCGCGUGA